AUGUCCUUUAAUAAUACAUUUUUUGAUUUUUUUGAUGCUAUCAAUGAUGAAGUUGACAAUUUUAACAGAUUUUUAGGCUCCAGAGGUUAUCCACAAAGACGUCCUAGAUUGGCCGAUCGUCCAGCUGGUUCAGAGAAUCAAAUUGUUAAAAGAAGACCAAGACAACCAGCUGCUUUAACGUUUCCUAGUAAUAGGUUCUUCUCUGACCUAGAUAAUUGGUUUGAUGAUGAUUUCUCUUUAGUCCCAUCUGCUUUUUAUAAUGGUAACAAGGGUGCUGUGGGUGUGCCUGUCGAUAUCCUGGAUCAUGAUGACAAUUAUGAAUUGAAGAUAACUGUUCCUGGUGUUAAAUCCAAGAAAGACAUUGAUUUAGAGUAUCACAAGGAAAAGAAUCAAAUUGUUGUGAAAGGUGAAAUUCCUUCUGCUGUUACUGAAGAAAACAAGGACAAAGUUAAGGUCCAAGAAAAUGUGGCUGGUAAGUUUAACCGUGUGAUUUCGUUACCCGAUUAUCCCGGCAUUGAUGCCGAUAACAUUAAGGCAGAUUAUUCUAGUGGUGUUUUGACUUUGAAGAUACCAAAAUUGAAACCAGAAAAGAAAGAUAAGAACGGUCAUGUGCAAAAGAUUGAGAUAUCUUCUGAAGAAUCCUGGGGUAACUAG